GGCGGAGCGCGGCCUCCUGAUUGCCCCGUAGAGAGCGUAGUGGCGCGGUUGGAGUGCGGGUCAAGAAACCCACUGUGAAAUUGCUGCAGAAGCAGGAAUGAUUACAGAGAGAGUAGUGCUGAACUCACGUCCUGGUAAGAAUGGAGUGCCAGUGGCUGAAAACUUCCGACUGGAGCAAAGUACAAUAGCGGAUACGAUCCAAGCUGGACAAGUGCGAGUUAGAACCCUUUACCUCUCUGUAGACCCUUACAUGCGCUGCCGGAUGAAUGAGGAUACAGGCUCAGAUUACUUCCUGCCCUGGCAGCUCUCUGAAGUUGCUGAUGGUGGGGGCAUUGGGAUUGUGGAGGAGAGCAAGCACGAUAACCUUGCUAAAGGAGACUUUGUAACUUCCUUCAAUUGGCCCUGGCAGACAGUGGCCAUUCUAGAUGGAAGCUUGCUACAGAAGCUCAUCCCACAACUUGUAAAUGGACACCUUUCAUACUUCCUUGGCGCUGCUGGCAUCACAGGGCUGACGGCCUUGCUAGGGGUCAGGGAGAAGGGACACGUGGCUGCGGGUGCAAACCAGACCAUGGUGGUGAGCGGAGCAGCCGGUGCCUGCGGCUCUUUGGCUGGCCAGAUUGGCCGCCUGGAGGGCUGCUCUAGAGUGGUGGGGAUUGCUGGCACAGAUGAAAAGUGCUCCAUUUUGGUCCAAGAAAUGGGGUUUGAUGCUGCCAUCAAUUACAAGAAGGGGAAGGUGGCAGAGCAGCUACGUGAACUCUGCCCAAAUGGUGUGGAUGUUUACUUCGACAAUGUGGGUGGAGACAUCAGUGAUACAGUUAUAAGUCAGAUGAAUCAGAACAGCCAUAUUAUCCUGUGUGGACAGAUCUCUCAGUACAACAAAGAUGUGCCUUAUCCUCCUCCGCUGCCUCCUGACACAGAAAAAAUACAGAAGGAAAGGAAUAUCACAAGGGAACGAUUCUUAGUGCUGAACUAUAUGGACAAACAGGAAGCUAGUAUAGUCCAACUCUGUCAGUGGAUCCAAGAGGGUAAACUGAAGGUCAGAGAGACUGUGGUAGAAGGCUUAGCAAACAUUGGUGCUGCUUUCCAGUCCAUGAUGAAUGGAGGCAAUAUUGGAAAACAGAUCGUCUCAGUUUCUAAGUAAAAGUCACUGCUUCAGCAAAAAGAACAGAAUCCUUGCUGAAGCUGCCCCUGAAAGAAGGAAGCGUGGAGUGAUGGACGCCGUAAACUGUGAUGAAGAGAGAGACACCUGCAGUGUAGCAUUAGAUGGUCUGAAAUCUUCCAGUGUGCAUUUUCCAACUACAGAACUAUUGACUGGCUCACUUGCAGCUGGACUGUGAAACCAGCAUCAGCACAACUCAAGCAGCAUUAAUCAUAGUGUCACAUUGGCACAGUAUUUAAGAACUUGGGAUAUUUAUAUUGUACCUCAGUGGCUCUGAGAGGUUUUCAUUUCUACUAUGUAAGUUCUGAGCUCAGACGAUUUCAACGUCCAGGUUUUAUAAAUCAAAGCAGCGGAUAGUGCCACCAACCACAGUCUCAUUGGGGACAGGAAGAAAGCCCAGGUCCCAUAAGUUCUCUGCAGGAAAUAGCAGGAAUAGACCUGCCAGGCCAGGAAGACAGCCAUGGCCAGGUGACCAAGCACAGCCAUGGGGCCUCGGAUGUGAGUGAUGUGAGAACGGAAGCUGUGCCCUUGGCAUCGCAGCAACAGGCACCAGCACAGAUAGGCCAUUAAUGGCAGGUUGAAAAACAACAUCUGAAAAAGAAGAGCAGAGAAAAAUAAGAUGAUCAGCAAGGCAAGUGUUCUGGGUAACAAACACAAGACACAGAAAGAAAAGCACAUAAAGCUGUUCCUUUUUAAGGAUGCACUUCUAAGACUCUGCAGCUGAUAGAGCUGUGGCUGCCCCUGCCUCAGUCGUAGGCCAAGCUUUCCUGUGCUAAUGGCAACUGGGAAAACCAGAGGGCAGGCAGGUCAGACUUCUGGGAGAGCUGGACUUGUGUGUACAGGGAGAGUCACACCUGGUGACCCACAGGUUGUUACUCAGUGGGCAACUGCUGCCCUGGCUGCUCAGUUCCUUUUCCGUAAUCACUGCAGCCUCUGCAUGAGCCAAGGACUAAAUAAAUAAAUAAAGUUACAGAGUGGUAAAUCUGUAAAGGUGGCCUCUGAUCCAGAGAGUCCAAAGCAACAGAGUAAAAGAGAAGUCCGAGAAAAUGAUGAACAGCCUCCUUCCUUUCUGACCUUUACAUUUGCAGGAAGGCAGAAAGAACUAUUGUAGUCAGGCAUGGCCACUCAUUUCUAUCCUUCCACAACUCCUUUCUUUAUAAUAGAAAAGAAAAAUAAGACAAAGUUCCCAAAAGAAAGCUGUUUGUCAGUCUUAAUUUUCAUAAACAUGUACCUGUAAAAUCCCAACCGCAAAUGUCAUACUGCCCUGUAAGAAGGAACCACCAACGAACACUCCAAAGGAAAAACAGGCUCCCACUUGGCCAUCUAUUAUUUCACCUACAAACCAUGGUCCUGAAAGAGAGGAAACAGAACAUGCAGCACCAUCAGAAAACACAGGAUUACAGUAACAUACAUGAAAGUCAUGGUCAUAACCAAUUACAGCUUGGCUCAGCUUGGAAGUCAGCAUGGGCAGGCUGCACCCUCUUAUGCCUACUGCACUGACUGCCAAGCAAGUACCUCUUUUAGUUAACAUCAGAGGAGAAAUCAGCUCAAAUUGUUAGCAGCACAGCCCACACAUCUUAGUGAUGUCUCACUUCUAAUGUGCAUUCCAUAUGCUCUUUUUACACCAAGGUACAACCAGGUCUUACUCAAAGAAUAAGUGAAAGGCAAAUGAAGUUUUUUAAUACUCUGCUCUCUAGUAACGUGUUUAAUUAUUUCUAGGGCUUCUAAGUUAUAAUCUUUAGUC